GCCCGAGCCCGUCCAGGCAGUCGGUGCACGUGGCUGGCUGGUCUCGCGGACUGAACCACAUUACGCCCUGCACGUCCAUCGCAUGGAUACAGCACCUAGUUCAUCCGCGCCACUGAACUGCUAUUCCCAGAGGCAACCACGUUCAGCAACCACUUCUUUCCCUCUAAAAGCGCCAUCCACUCCUGCUCACCUUACUAUCGUCCUUGAAAAAUUCCACGCGAAUACAACACCGACUGCGCGACAUUGCAAGCACCGAUCCCGUCACGUUUCCAUCGGUCAGAGUACUCCUCGCAUCUGUCUCUCUCGCACAGCACCAUAAUCAUGUCGUCCACCCUUGAUACCGAGGCCGGCUCCGAGCUUUUCAGCAACUACGAAGCGGAACUUAAACUCGUCCAGGCGGAUAUUUCGCAAAAGCUGGAUCAGAUCUCAGAGCUAUCUGGAGAGCCGCGCAAGGCUGCAGUAUCUCAGGCACAGCGCGCGCUAGAGGAGGCCAGGGAGUUACUCGACUCAAUGCGACUAGAAAAACAGAACAUUCCGCAAAGCUCGAAAGUCAAUGUCACCAAGCGGCUCCGGAACCAUGAGUCUGACGUCGACACUGCAGCGCGCAAGCUGAAGUCGCUGCAGGAUGACAAGGCCGCGCUGUUCGGCAAGCGCUAUACCGACAGCCCAACACAAGACGACCAGCUGGAGCAGAGGCAGCAGCUCCUGGGCGGGACAGAAAGACUCGAGCGCUCGAGUGGACGACUACGGGAGAGUCAGCGAAUCGCGCUUGAGACCGAAGACAUCGGCAGAAACACACUUGCAGAUCUCGGACGACAGCGGGAGACUAUUGUGCACGCCCGAGAUACUCUGCUCGAGAGUGAGGGGUACACGGAUCGCAGCAACAAGACCCUUCGAGGCAUGGCAAGAAGAAUGGCAACAAACAAGCUGAUCACUGUAGCAAUCAUCACUGUCCUCGUUAUUCUCAUCAUCGCGGUGGUUGUGAGCAAAUUCCGCUGAACUAUAUCGGCA